CGUCCAACAGUUAACACAACUACAACCUAUUCAACAUGACUGGCCGUGGUAAAGGAGGCAAAGGACUUGGAAAAGGAGGAGCAAAACGUCAUCGUAAAGUAUUGCGUGAUAAUAUCCAAGGUAUCACUAAACCAGCUAUUCGUCGUUUGGCUCGUCGUGGUGGUGUAAAACGUAUCUCUGGAUUGAUCUACGAAGAGACCCGUGGUGUACUCAAGGUUUUCCUAGAAAACGUCAUCCGUGAUGCAGUCACAUACACCGAACACGCCAAGAGAAAGACAGUCACUGCCAUGGAUGUUGUCUAUGCAUUGAAACGUCAAGGACGCACACUCUACGGUUUCGGAGGUUAAGCUCUA